CUAGACGGAAGACACCUUCUUCUUUCCUUCUGAGCAAACGCGUCAACAUCUUCCUGGAAACAGCGUGAGCAGGAGAAGGCGAUUCGCGUUUCCAUGUCGACUCGCCGUUGGCGCGCCCAGGGCAUGCUCUCUGUGCAGAUGUCUGCUGACGCAUGAGUCGAAGAGAAAAAGGGUGAACACGGGGGAACCUGUGCGUGGUUCUCUGGUUUUUUGUCGUGAGAAAACUCACUCGGUUUUCUCGAGGUCCCGCCCUCGUUCACCAGGUGUUCGCUCGUUCCCUUUCUCCGUUUCCCCGCAUUUCGUUCUCCGCCGGCGAGUGUCUUCGACUCUCUCCACGGCGGCAGAAGCUUCUCCGAGGCGUCUCAGUUGUCCAUGCACCCCGUCGUGGUGAGCAGCGGGAAGGCGCCCGGAAGCAGCGACAUCAAAACACAACUUCUGGACAAAGUUUUUCCUCCAGCGAAUGCGUCUUCUCUCCUGCAGGCCGUGUGUGGCGGGUCUGCGUCGCCGUCCGUUCGGUGUCUUCUCAACCGCCGGCGCGGCUGCUCGGAUUUUCCGUUCGACGUCAGAAGAUAAACGUAACAAAGUCCCCGAAGUCUCCCGAAAGAAGCCUCUGUCGGAAUUGCCCUUCGUCGCCGACCUCUCUCACGUGUCAAUCCACGCGUGAAGCCACAGCUGCGUUUUUCACGGCUCUCUGGACUCGGUAUCCUGUGGUUGGUCUCCCCGUAUUUCGAGAGAAGAGAAGGCAUUCGUGGAGACAGAAGCCGGCGGCCCUGAAGGGGGAAGCGAGACAGAGGAAAGGGAGAGAAGAGACAAGCAAAAGCCGAGAAAGGAGUGCCGAACAUCGGAACGAAGGAGAGGGAAUGAAGAAGGCUUCGCCGAGGGUGGAGAGGACUUUCUUGGAUUUCUAGAUUUGUUUGGAGCUUUGUUUUCCAGCAAGUUCACCAUGGUUCGAAGAAGUGCGCGGACCGCAAAGAAUGCUCGGACUUCUGCCACUCCGGAGACCGAGAACGCUUCGCCUCCUUCGCCCUCUCCGUCGUCUCCCGUCUCCUCCAGAGGGAGAAGGCGGUCGACACUGCAAAGAUCUUCUCCUAAGGAGCAGAGUGAACAACCUUCGAGCCUCGUUGUUUCUUCAAAUUCGUCUAUUCCCUCUGUGUCCUCGAAGAGCGAAGCGGCUGCCGCGGUCGCCUCCGACCCUCCCACCCAAGCCCCGGACGCGUCUGGAGCGCAGGCCGUGGAAGCAAAGGCGACGGGAGAAGCCGAAGCAGAGAUGAGAGAAAGCGGGGAGAAAGCGAACGAUGGAGACGCAGAGGUGAAAGAAGGAGAGGAAAAAACACCGGGAGAAGCAGAGGUGAGGGGAGGAGAAGACACGGUGAAGGAGAGGGAAGCAGAGUGGUAUCUCAUUCUCACGGAGGACGCAAUGGCUGUUCUCCGCUCUCAACAGAAGCAGCAAGAAGCUCAGAGUCAGGGAGAGGGCUCGAGAGAAGAGCACAGCGAAGGACACAAGCGAGAAGAAGGAGACAAGAGAGAGGGGGAGACGGAAGAAGAGAAGGGUGGAGACAGACAGGGCGUUCUCGCGACAGGGAACGAGUCCAGCGUCGUAGGUCCAGUCUCGGCAGAGACAGUGAGGAUUUACUUCCAGCAUUGCCUGGUGGAUGGAUACACGCAGUGCUGGAAACCUGGAAUGCCCGCGUGGCUGCCACUGUGCUCCACGGACGAGUUGAAGAAGGUUCUGCAGGAAGCAGACGAAGGAGACCUCGAGGAAGCACAGGAGGACGGCGGAGAAAAAGAAGGGCAGACCGCUCGCCUCGAGGAUGUUCCACCAGAGUUCAAGUACGUCACUCCCGAGGGCGUACGGAUGGUGUUCGACCUAGCCGGCAAAACCUGGCGCACUGCAGAGGAGUACGAAGCGCUCUGCUCGUUGUUGGCAGAAGCGGAGGCUCUUCCUGCGGCUUCGCCAGAAAAGCAUGAGUCUGCUGUCGCAGAGAACCGAGAGGACAUGGUUUUUCCGGGGUUGUCAGAAGAAGAGGUGGACCGAGCUGAAGGCGAGGGAGAGCAGGGACGGACGCGGGAGCUGACUGAGGCUGAGCGACAGAAGAAGGAAGCCAACGCGGAGAAGCGUCGGAUGUACAGACAGCGGCUGAAGAAGAAGAAGCAGGAGGGGCGGUGGGUCGCCGGGAGGAAGAAUCCGAACAUCUACGUUGCGAAUCUCCCCGCAGACUGCACCGAAGAGGAGCUCGCCGAAAUCUUCAAGAAGGCGGGGGUCUUCAAAAUCGAUCCCGAAACCCUGCGACCCAAGAUUCGGGUGUACACGGACGACACAGGUCGCUGCAAAGGCGACGCGUUGAUUUCUUUCGUUCACGAAAACUCGGUCGACAUCGCCAUCAAAUACUUUGAUGGUUUUUCCUUCCGCGACGGCGCAUGCACUCUCAAGGUCCAGCGCGCAGAAUUUGCUCCCAAGGCGGGACAAGGCACGAGCCCCAAAACGGAAGGAAGCGAAGGAGGCUCUGCGGAGUCGCGAACUGGCAAGAGGGACAGAAGGAAAUAUUUAGCAGCGAAAUACGAGCAAGAACGGUUGUUGAGCUGGGGAGACGCCAUCGACGACGGUUCUGGGCGGCGCAUUAUCAUUUUGAAACCAACCUACUCGAGCGAAGAAGCGGAGCUGUACGAAGAAGGCGACGCCUUCUACGAGGAACUUCGCCAAGAACUGUUCGACGAAAUUGCUCAAUUUGCCAAGCCAGAGAAAGUCACCGUCAUUCCUAGACACGUCCAGGGGGUGGCGUGCGUCAAGCUGAAGACAGCGGAAGACGCUGAGCGCAUUAUCGAGCAAUUUCGGGGACGGUACUUCGAUGGCCGGCAGCUCGAUGUUUUCUUCUUCGACGGUCGCAGCGACUUGAAAGCGAACUGUCUCCCCUCUCGCCUCAAAAAGCCGAAGGCGGUCACCCCUGUCACACCUCAAGCUGCCGGCGAUACCCAGGAAGCCGAAGCGGCGGUUCAGAACGAAGGCGCAACCCAGGAAAAGCACGACAUCGAGGAAGAGAAGGACGACGAGGAGGAGCGUCUCGACAAAUUCGGGGAGUGGAUAUCCCAGCAAAGCAGCGACGAGGAAUUUGAGGUGCAGACAGAAGAGUAAAGAGUUUCGGGAAGUUCGGAUCCCCAGUUGGGGAGGCGAUACCAACUUUAUUUUCUUUUGUGCCGGUGCGGGGAACGAGGGAAGAGGCGUCGUGCAGCGACCUCUGUCUUAGCAGGAAGAGAGCGGGGCUAGCCUGGUGGUGUUCCAGCAGAAAGCCACGUAUUUCGGAACCGGCGUUUUCCGGUGAACAAACGGGGAAGGGUUGUGCCGGUGGAAGGCUAGGAAUGAAACGCGAUGAUGCGGUAGCGUGGAUGAAGUCAGGAAUGAACUCACGUUUGAAUAUGGGAUGCGGCUUUGCGCUGGAAGGGUGCACCACAGAGAUCUUCUAAAAGAAGUUCUACUCUCGCAAAUCCGACACGAGCACGGCCCCUGUCCAGCACCGAAACUGCGUGGCACUUCAGUCUCUGCGAGCCGAAAAAGAAAGCUGUGCUUGGUUGAAGCCUCUCACACUGCUGAAGCGUUACAAUUCGCGCCGUGAUGUUCACGCACACACACACACACCUCACCAAGUAUUUGUGUACUUUCUCCAAUCUUAGGGUGACCCUUCGAUCAACUAAGUCGCGAACGAAGCGCCAAACCCUUUGACCACUAUGAUAGUUCUGCACAUCUUCAACCCUGCAGGUAUUGAUACCGUGCUUCACGUUGCCUUUUAUUCUCA